UGCAGUGGAUAUGGCGUCACUAAAAAAAGUGUAGGAGUCCAGAAACUUCAUCCAUGUAAAUAACGCCAAUUAGAGCUGUGCAAGAGGCUCUAAGCAUCAAUACCGCAAAUAGCUAUUUGAAUAUAUUUAUUAACGUUAUUUUUUCAGCAUGCCUCGGAAAAAGCCAUUUAGCAACAAACAGAAGAAGAAGCAACUCCAAGUGAAACGGGAGAAAAAGAGAGGUGACACAGGUUCCAGCCCAAGCAGUCGUAAUGCAAGUGUGGAGCGAGGAGGAGAGCGUCAGUCCGACACCUCAGAUAGUGAGACCACUGAUGUUAAAAGAAUAAAUCAGCAGCCCUUUGGUAGAGAAAGCAGAUAUGACCCAAACAGGUUUCGACUACACUUUGAGAAAGAGAGUAAAGAGGAGGUAGAGAGGAGGAAGAAGCUGGCCAUGGAGACGGUGCUGCAGCAAGUCUCAGAUAAAGAACUUGAAGUCAACAUCAAUGAAAUCUACCCAUCAGACAAAGGUCUUGGCUUCCCACGACGACCAUUUUGGACUUAUGAUAUGACCCGAGAGAGCCUGCUGAGGAAAGAGGAGAAGGCCUUCAGAGAUUACCUGGAAGACUUGCACUCCAGAAACCCACCUAGCUCUCUUAGCCACUUUGAGCACAAUCUGGAGACAUGGAGACAACUGUGGAGAGUUUUGGAAAUGUCAGAUGUCAUCCUUCUCAUCGUUGACCUCAGGCACCCAGUCCUGCAGUUUCCUCCAGAUCUGUACCAUUACAUCACAGGAGAGCUACACAAGCAAGUAAUCCUGGUGUUAAACAAAGUUGACCUGAGUCCUCCUCCACUGGUGAUUGCCUGGAAACACUACAUGACCUCCCAGUUCCCCCACCUGCAAAUAGUAUGUUUCACUUCCCACCCUGGACAGUCCUACAACACAGUGCUCCAGAAGAGGAGGAUGAAGAGGAAGGCUGACUGGAGUCACUCUGGAGGUCUUAUAGAAAUCUUUAAAGCCUGUCAGGAGAUCACAGCAGGGAAAGUUGACCUGUCCAGCUGGGAGCAGAAGAUUCAGAGAGAUGCUGUUGCAGGGCGACUAGGUGAAGGGCAGUCUGAUGAAGGAGCUGAAUCUGUGCUGGUGGAACAUCAAAGUGAUAGUGCUCUGGAGAUGAGUAACCCAUCAGAAGAGCUCUACAAAGAUGGAGUUCUUACACUGGGCUGCAUAGGUUUUCCAAAUGUUGGUAAGUCAUCAGUUAUUAACAGCCUUGUUGGGAGGAAGGUUGUGAGUGUGUCUCGAACUCCAGGCCACACCAAAUACUUCCAAACCUACUACCUCACCCCGACAGUUAAACUAUGCGACUGCCCUGGACUGGUCUUCCCCUCACGUGUCAAUAAGCAGCUGCAGAUUCUAGCAGGUAUUUACCCAGUGUCCCAGCUGCAAGAGCCAUACACAUCAGUUGGUUAUUUGUGUGAGAGGACUCCAUUCCUUUCUGUACUGAAACUCAAACACCCCAGUUUGUUAGAGAAGGAACCACAGCAAGGACACCAGGAGUCCAUAGAGCCCAGAUGGACUGCUUGGGAUGUGUGUGAGGCUUGGGCGGAAAGACGAGGCUAUAAAACAGCUAAAGCCGCCCGCAAUGAUGUUUACCGUGCAGCAAACAGUCUACUGAGGUUGGCCAUUGAUGGCAGAUUGUGCCUCUGUCUCAGACCACCUGGCUACAGCUGUCUGAGAGAGCACUGGGAAAAUCACCCGGACUUGCCAGAGAUUAUGGCACUUCAAGGAAGAGCAACAGAGGAGGAAGGAACCGACGAGAAGGAAGAUGAAGAGGAUGGAGAGUCCAGCAGCGAGCCAGAAGAGGAGAGAGACCGGGAUGCAGAUGACGACGAAGAUGGAGACGACGAGGAUGAGGGGUUUGGACAUAAAAAACAGGGAGAUGAAAAGCCAUCUGGCUUUUCUGUCAACAUGUACAAUGUACUCCGGGAAAACGAGUGUGCGUAAAAAAAAAAAAAAAGAAAGAAAA